AUGCGUGUUAUCGCUGCAGUACACUACCACAUGGCCGGCCAGCUGCAACCGGCCGUCGGGCACGCCGGAACGUCGACCUCCUGGCAUCAGCUGGUGUCCACCACCGACAGUGACACCUACGGCAGCUCGUCGACGCUGUCGGCCGAGACGACGACUGGUUCCUACGUGUUCACGGUCGCAGACUACUCCAGAGACAAGGAACUCCACGCCGCCGGUAGUGCCCUCCCGUCAAACACGUUCACCGCCGGAGGGUACUCCUGGCGCAUCACGUACUCCCAUGACACUGACGAUUGGAUACGCUUCUCGCUCUGUCUUGAACCACCCGUCGCCGGCGGCGGCGCUGGCACCGGCGGCGGCCGGGAUCUCGGCGAUGCCGCCAUCAUGGUCCGAACCAGGUACAUCUUGCUUGACAAGGCCGGGCUGCCGCUGCCGUCUUCGAUAAGAAAAGACAGUGAACGUGCCUUGUCAACCAUGCGAUCCAUGCGCGCCACGCAGUUCAUGAGGAGGAAGAGAUUCGAGUCCUACUAUCUGAAGGACAAUAGAUUCAGCGUGAGGUGCGAUGUCACGCUGGUCAGAAGGACGAUGUGCGGCAGGGAGACGGGAGCCAUGCCGCCGCCGGACAUGCGCAGGCACCUCGGCGAGCUCCUCGCCGGCGGGGUUGGGGCGGACGUGGUGCUCGAGGUGGGCGCCGAGGCGUUUCGCGCGCACAGGAGCAUCCUCGCCGCGCGGUCGCCGGUGUUCAAGGCGGAGCUGUUAGGCGGACCGACUGAUGACAAGGAUGCGCCGCCGCCAACGACUUCGACGACGAGCCGUCGUCUGAGGAUCCAUGACAUUGAGCCGAGCGUGUUCAGGGCAGUGCUGCACUUCAUCUAUACCGACUCGUUGCCGCCUGAGAUCGGCGCCGGCGACGAGAUGGUGAUGGCUCAGCAGCUGCUCGUGGCGGCACAGAGGUAUAAACUGGAGGGGCUAAAAUGGAUAUGCGAGGAUGUUAUCAGCACUUUAUGUCAUCGGAGAGCUGCAAAUGAAAGCAGUUGUCCUUGUCUUCUUUACCAGCUGCAUGCAUAUGCAAAGCGCCCCGCGGAGUAUCGGCAGCGCCCGGCCGUCGCGGUGGCCGCGGAAGGGGACUGGGAGGAGCGCUAG